AUGCCACCACCGGCAGAGGAACCUCAUCAAGAUGCUGUGGCUGUUGCCCCUGAGGCUUCAUUGGCGGGGCUUGCUAAGGCUUGGAAUGAUGAUGAAGUCAUCCGGAAGCAGCUGCUUGGGGAGAAGACUUUGCUUAGUUGGCCUGAUCCCAAAAUGACUGGAGUGAUUAACUUUGCGACGAUUGCGCACAAUGGCAGGGUGCUUGCUCAUGUCCUUGAGAAAUGGUGCCCACAGGUGGAUGCACCCAAGACUGUCAACAUAGAUCACGUGAGGGCAGAGGUGGAGAAGAUUCGGACUGACCUUUUCAUGAGCGAGGACAUGGUCAGGGUCAACUGUGAUGCAAUGUCCUUGAGAGGCUUCGUCACAUACAUGGUGAAGCGUCAUGAUGGCUCUGUUCGCCGUGAGCUUUGUCUUUGCCAGCUCGUUUUAAUAUUUUUGUGGGAGUUUUUUCCACAGAACCCUGCAGCCAUGAAGGUGCCAUGUUUUUUGUGCUGA